CUUAAAGAAUUUUCUAAAUUUAGCUUAGGCUAUAUGUAGUGGCAUUCUUUAACCGCUACCACCUUAUACGACCGUAUCAUAAUAAAAUUAGAAUUAUAACUGCCUUCGCACCUGCUUUUUAGCGUCCGUCUUCGCGCUGGGACGCCCACUUAGCAUUCUACUUGUCCUAUUUAGACCUUUAUAACUCACUUUUUUCUAACUUAAUAACGUCUUGCCAAAUAUACCGUCCACCAAUAUAAAUUAUCUACAUUGAAAUAUAUUGAACAUAGUUUAAAACAACAUAGAAAACGCGUUGAGGCGAUCUAUUUGUAAUAUUUGUAUAGAUGAAGAGAUAGAUAUGUUUAUACAUAUAGACACGGAACAUAUUUUUUUUGAUUAAGCCAGGUGCAACGGGAUUGAGCGAAGAAAAAGAGAAAGAAAGGCAAUAAAAUGAAAGUUGCGCGUGCUAUUUUAUUGAAUAGCGAGUUUAAUACAAAUUUGUUCUCUUUUCAAUUCGUCCAGCUUGACUUUGGGAUUUUGACGUCGGCUCUGCUGCCCUUCUUUUUUUAUCUACAGGCGCGAAAAUAUUCUCGCACUUUCUUCGUCUUUUAUAUUUAUUUAUAUAUUACAUAUUGCAUAGAAUAAAGCGAAAAUCUGUUUGUACCGACCGAACUACUAGAGUUGGCCGAAAAAGCGUGCAAAUGAAAAAAAAAAUUACCCACUCUCAUAAAUCAAGCGCUAGCAGAAAGAGAGGUGGAGAGGGGGGAAAAAAAACGUGUAAUUAAGUCAUUUUGUUGUGGUUACUUGUGGCCUCAUAAAGGUAGGCUGAUAUAAAAUACGUUAAUUAAUAUAUACGCAUAACGGCGUAAAUAUAUUUGUAAAAUAUAUAUAUUUAUGAAUAGUAAACUUAACAUAUAAUAUUCAUAUUCAUAUAAAUAUAUAGAUAUAAUCGAUAAAAACUGGGUUAUAACUAUGGCGAAUUAAGAAUCAUGUUGAAUAUUAAGUUUCAAUAAGUAUUGUUAGAGAGAAGAUCGUGCCUUAAAGUAAACUUAGCUAAGCGAUGUAGAAUAUGAUUAAAUUAAAUUUGUGGAGUAUGUACAGAAAAACGUAUAAGCUUACUCUUUGUAUAACCUAUUCAUAUACUUGAGAAACCCUUCUACCGCCUACAGAGCAUCCCGACUAACGUUCAAAAGAGAAUAAAAACCCCGAUCGAACGCACAAUCGUACCGUAUUCAAUUGAGGCGCUAGGUAUUUUUACGAAAAGGAUAAAAAAGCCGUAUUGAUUAGCAGGUGUGAGGUCCCCAACUUGUAUUUAGGCCGAGAAAUAUCAGCUUCGUCAAAGCGUUGAAGAGUCUAAAGAGAGAGAGAGAGAGAAAGAGAGAGAGAGAAGGAGAAAAGAGAAACUCGGAAGACUUCAUAACGUUCGACGUCUCGGAGCGAGGAAUGUAAUAAAGCGGCGUCUAAAUGAGAAAAUCUUUCUCUUGAUUUUUUUUUCUACCCCUUACAACAUAUCGACUUUUGUGCUCCGUUUUUCUCUCCCCAGCCGGCCCUUUCUCUUAUCGAAUAUUAUGCAAUAACAUAUAAGCGGCUCGUGUUUAGGACGUUAACUUGGCACUAUAGGAGCUACUGAGUCUCCAACUGUUGAAGAGCUAAGAAGAAUGUUAAUUGAAGUUGCCUAGAGAAAAAGGUGUUGUAUAUGCGUAUUAAAAUUUAAAGCGUUUCUAUUUGUGCCUUCACAGAUAGAGUAUAUAAAUAACAACAGUAUCUAUAACAUGUCUAGAGUACAAAAAUACGUAACAAAUGUUUAAACUUCUAAUAAAGAUAGAGAGGUAAAGAGCCAUAGGUAAAAAAAAACAUACAUAUAUAUAAAAACUUAUAUAUAUAUAUUCUUAUAUAUCCUUUAUUGUGUAUGCUUUAUGUCUAAUAUAAGUGAACGCACGCGUAUAAUGGAUAAAGUAUUCAAUCUCUUUUCCCUCUUAUUCUUUCUUACUUUCUUCUGGAGUAACGCGUAACCCGAUUGCAUAACUUUGACGCUUGUUUAGAAUAUAGUGAAUAAGGUACUUGUGGUGAAGGCAGGUGCCGGAAUAAGACCCGCUUUUGCAAUUUGAAACCUACACCUAUAAAUAAACGUCGUUGCGUUGUGUUGAUUUAAUUACAAAUCGAGGGCGAGAUCGACUAAGUAUCGAAUAGCGUGAAAAGUGCUCCUCAUUGCUCUUUUCAACAUCAUUAUUCGCCCGAUAAACAUCGACUAGACGGUGAGACGGCCGCGAACUACUCGAAAAAGUAGAUCACGCGACGGUCUAGCUCGUCUCUCAUUGGCUAGCAGAUCACCAAUCAGCGUCGUUUUUUGUACAGACACUUUUCUAAAAUCUAUUAUAUAUAGUGAACUAUCAGUCCGGACGGUGAUAAAGGUUUGCUUUCUUAUCUUAAGGCAUGUCGACGUAGGAUAUGGAGCUGCGCUCAGAUCCGAUGAAAGGCGAACCUACAUGCGUUGGCUGUAAAUUGCCAAUCGAGGAACGCUACCUUUUACAGUUGGGAGGUGAAUUGUGGCACGAAAAUUGUCUGCGAUGCUCGGUUUGCCGGGUAGCUCUGUCGAAUUCUUGCUUCGUCAGGGACGGUCGACUCUUCUGCAAAGUUGAUUAUUACAGGCGAGUAGAAUUGAAUUGAAAAACCGUCAACGUCUUGUUUGAACAUCGCGCAACCUUUGACGCUAUAAGCCAGACGUCAUAGAGUGUUGGACACACAACUCGAUGACUGACAAAUGAAGAAUAUGAGAAAAGCGAAUUUUUCUAUAUAGAAUAUUUUUAAAAAAAUAUGCGGCCCUCCCUCUUUACUUUUCGUGUUCGCAUGUCACACUCAGAAAGGAGGACCGUAAUAACAUUUGCUAAAAAUCAAACGUUUCAACCGACUGAACUCGUGAGAGGAUUUCCUCAUUCCAUAUCAAUAGGAAGGCUGGAUGUCUGCGUCUUUUCCUGAAUUAAUUUACUUUUACCAUGAAUAUUUAUGGCUGUUCUCGGGCUGUCAAUUAGCAAUCUGUGUAAACAGGGCGUCGAAAUUGUCAGGUCGAAAGAUGCACGUGCUAUUGACUGACGCUCAUAGAAGUUACGUAAGUGUUUCGAAACGAUACAGAGUCGUAUUUCUGCAAUAAUCCGUGCCCGCGAAUAGACGCCGGUCGCUGACGUCCGGUCGUCAAUUUUCCCUAAUCGACAAUAGAUGAGAUCGAAAGCGUUUGAUAAAAGAAAAGAGGCACGUGUUUAAUUAGAACAGCUGCGAAAACCGGACAAAGUUCUUGGACGGGGCCUCGUGCCUGACGCUUUCAAUAUGCGGCAGUCGAAUUUUCCGGCGUUUAGCGUCACAAUAGCUCACUAUCAAAAUGCACGCCCAUUCGUAUUUUUUUUUCCUGGUGGCUGUGUUACUAAGGGGACGAAAGUGAGGUCUUUCUCUAUUUUACUCAAUUUUUUCGCACGGAAAGUGUCGGGUAGCAACUCCCGUUGAGGUUGAGUACACUCGAAACUCCUCUCUCACUUCAAGAGUAGACCGUCUCGAACGAAAUUGAGAAAAAGAGGAAAGGAAAGCUAAAAAAUUAGGGGGAGUUAUUAAAAGAAAUAGCUUGAAGGCCUAUGAACGCUUGAUAAUCGGAUUGUUCCUCCUCGAACGAGCCCUCAGGGUUGAUACUUAAACUUUUACACAUUAUAGCUGUGUCAUUUCUCAAAAAGAAUUCAAAAUUUAUUUCCGUAGCGUUAUUCGUAAAGAUCGUUCCGGUUUCAGCGUCGAUUAAAAGCGUUUCAAUUGUACCAGGCGAAAAGCAAAUUCGUGUCAGAUUCCUACUCGAGUAGUUCGACAACAAAAAGGCGAAGCGCGCAGUUUGUUUGCAGUCGCUACUAGCAAAACGUAUAAUAGCAGCAAUAUUGCGGUACGUUGGCCGCUGGGAAAGAUGACUGGCAGGCAAAACUCCUUUUUCCUCACAACGAACACGUGAUCGAUUUUUUAUCCCCGCAUUCCGGGCGUUACAGACGCCGACGUCCAGCCGAAAGCGGAAUUUCUUUUCCUCUUUGUUACCGUCCCUACUGCAAAACACAUCAAAGACACUUUUAAAUCCUCUAUUCUUUAUUCCCAUUUCUUUCAUUAGAUUCUACGGGGCGAAAUGUUCCAACUGUAUGCAAGCUAUAUCGCCACAAGAAUUGGUUAUGAGGGCAGGUUCAGCCGUCUAUCAUGUUCAAUGUUUCGUCUGUUCGCUUUGCGGCUAUCAACUGCAAAGGGGCCACCAAUUCGUCGUCCGUCAUGGACAGCUGCUGUGCAGGAUGGAUUACGAAAAAGAGAUGGCCAGAUUACAAUAUGAGAUAGAUCCAUGGUGUACAAACUUUAGCCCAAAGUGCGAUAUGUAUGGAGCCGACGACGAUAGCAGUAUGGAAGAAAACGAUGCCGAUGCCAACAAAGGCCCGAAAAGACCCAGAACAAUUCUCACUACUUCUCAAAGAAGAAAGUUCAAGACGGCAUUCGAAGUAAACCCAAAGCCUUGUAGAAAGGUUCGAGAGGCUUUAGCAGCUGAGACUGGUCUCAGUGUUCGCGUCGUUCAGGUUUGGUUCCAAAAUCAGAGAGCUAAAGUAAAGAAAUUGGCAAGACGACAGGAGCAAGCCGAACAGGGAGUUACCUCCAAGAAAAGCAACAAUUCGAAUAAGAAAAAAGCGGUAGUAACGGCUGCUGUUUCGAAAGAAUUGAAUGGAGACGAAUCACCUAAAGCGUCCCCACCAAACGAAUCUCCUCCGCAACAUUGUAGAACAAACGCACCGUCAUCCGAUGCCGACGUCACCCAAGAUAUUCACUACGCAAAUUUGACGCCCCGCUCUUCUAUUCAAGAAAGAGACGACCGAGUCAGCCUAUACGGAACGUCCAUUGUGUUGGAUGAUGUUCGAAAUUGUCAUAUGAUCAACAAUAAUCAGUUAAAGCAGGCAAAUCCAAUCGAUAAACUAUAUUCGAUGCAUAGUAGUUAUUUUCAACCGACAACUGCUGAAUAGGUCGUUGUUUUUUAUUCCGUGCUUGUUGUUGUUUUUUUUUUGUUUUUGUUGUGCAUGAUAUUUUUCUCCUCUCUUUCUGUCUCAAAACUUUUCCGUAGUGCAAUAAUUAUACAAAGAGAUAUUACAAAAAAAUACCAGGUUAAAGGGCAUUAAAAAAAAAAGAAAUUAUUUCUGUCCCUCUUGUAACUGAUUUAUUAAAAAGUCCGCAGUUCCCCCAGAGGAGGCGGUUGAAUUAACUUGAAUGAGACUAUUGUCGAAAUUUGAAAGUUUUACGACUGUGUACUUGUUCAUCCUCCGUCUGGGGAGGUAUAGCGCAUUCGAAACUGAUAAUAAGGUGCGAAAGAAAAGCGAGAAACUCGUGACACGUUGGCGCUGACCAUUGUGUGCACUGAUGACGCGUAUAAUGACGACUCGUCACAAGGAGACCACGCCCACUUGUCACUUCCGCCUUUCUGACGUGUAGAUGACGGACGAGAGGCGUCUAGGAUGGGACGCUUGUUGCCCGUGAUCGAGACGGAUAGACAGAAUAGUGGAAUGGAGAAAUAUACAAUCCAAUAAGAACCUAUCAAGAGCCGCCCCCUGGUGUGAGCCUGCCACAUUACGCAUACACCGCACAGCAAGACGUCAUGACAGUCGCUUGACCCGGUUUGCUUUUUACCCCUUGAAAAUAGCCA